AUGAACGGGAAGAAUUUGAAGGUUAUUUUUCUAGGUCCUAAAGGUACAUAUUCUCAUCAAGCUGCACUGCAACAAUUUCAAUCCAUACCUAAUGUCGAUUAUUUGCCAACAGCGUCCAUACCUCAAUGCUUUGAUAAAUUAGAGAGAAAUGCAAGCAUAGAUUACUCAGUUGUACCAUUGGAGAACUCUACCAACGGACAAGUGGUUUUUUCCUAUGAUCUGUUGCGGGAUAGGAUGAUUCAGAAAGUUUUAUCUUCAACUACCUCAGCAGAAAAUAAUAGAAUCACACCAGAUAUAGAGGUUAUAGCAGAACAGUACGUGUCUAUAACCCAUUGUUUAAUCAGUCCCAUCGAAUUGUCCAAUGGUAUUGAAUCAUUUGGUAAAUUUCAAGAAGUAAAAAUAUAUUCGCACCCACAAGUUUGGGGUCAAGUCGAUAGUUACUUGAAAUCUUUGGCAGAGAAAUUUCCACAAGUCACAUUUAGCAGAUCUGAUUGUUCUUCGACGUCUGAAUCGGUAAAUCAAUGUAUGCAGUCACAGAUCGACAAUCACGACAACAUUUUGCAUGUAGCCAUUGCUAGUGAAACAGCGGCUCGUUUAUAUAAAGCCCAAGUCAUCGAACACUCAAUCAAUGAUAAGCUGGGAAACACAACUAGAUUUUUGGUCUUAAGGAGGCGGAGAGACACACGUCUCAAUGAAGUUGGGGACACUAAAUUACCACAGGUCAAUCUGUUAACUUUUACUACCCGUCAAGAUGAUCCUGGUUCUUUAGUGGACGUUUUAAAUGUACUAAAGAUUCAUUCGCUUAACAUGUGCUCUAUAAACUCUAGACCGUUUAAUUUAAGCGAUGGUGAUAGAAACUGGCGAUAUUUGUUUUUUAUUGAAUACUACACUGAUAAGAACGCCCCAAACCAUAACGAACAAUUUUAUAAAGAUAUCGGCGGAAAAUGUAAACAUUGGUGCCUCUGGGGUACAUUCCCUAGAAGUGAGAUGUAUUACUAUAAAUGA